UGCAAUCCUUCCACUCGUGUGUCUGACACUUUGCUGGACACAAGGAUUCACCAAUCACUCCAAAUUAACUGGGAUUAUCGCUUUGUGUGUGCCUUCACAGCAAAGCAUGCCGCAUUUAAAGCGUGUUUUAAUCAGAGCUCUGGAGCCGAAAAAACUUUUCACAAAACCAAAACAGACGCCGAUUACGUCUGACCGAAAAUGACGCUUUCAGGGCUAAGCCCCGCCCCUCGCGUCCCGUUUCCCUGGAGACUGUGGGAGCAAGCGAGGACAAAACUUGCUUCAGAUAAAAGUUUUUUUUAGACGUGAGGAAAAGUCUCACUAAAACAGGUUUAAUGGACUUUGAAGACAGAGACAGCUCACCUAAAAGUGGGUCUGUGAGGUGUGGACUGGUGGAUGUGCUCCACCGCAGUGGUGAUGCCACAGAGGACUUUGGUCUAGAUCAGGAGGCAUGUAUGGAUGAAGAGGCAGACCUUCCUUCUGAUCUGGUGUGGUUGCAGGACUUAUCUGAGGAGAGCGACAGCGAUGGUGACCUUGCACGUGGGGCCGACAACGGCAAGAGGAGGAGUUAUGCCGAGACGGCACGGAUGUUCAAGCUGAGACGAAACCUGGACCAGCUGGACGCUUUUCAUCGACAGAAGGAGCAUGACGUGCAGACAGCCAGAGAAAAGCUGAAACUUUGCUGUCAAAAUAUAGAAAGCUGGUUGGAGCAGAGAGAGAAUUUGGAGUGGGGAAUCGAGCAGCAGAAAGCAAAAGACAACAGCGUGGCGGUGUUUCGCCUGCGAGCCCAGCAUGCGCUCCUGUGUCAAAAGCUGCAGGACGAGGAGGAGCUGCGCGGCCAAAUCCACGCUGAGCUGAGGCAGCAAGAACUGGAGCUGAAUGAGGUGGAGGUGGAACUUGGCCGAGUCUCCUUACUCCGCCAGGAGGUGCAGGAAGAAGAGCAGCUCUUCCAGGUCCUCAAAGCACAGAAGGCAGUAACAAGGCUGCAGCAGGAGAGGAAAGCCAGCCAGAACCAGCAGCGCAAGAUGAAGCUUCUGCGGGCUAAACAGGCAGCCAAGCUGGAGGAGGGGGAGGAGACAGAAUGUCAAAGGAAGACUGAGGAGGCUCGAGCAAGCCAAAAGAAAGCUGCCAAGUACUUGAAGCAGACCAUUAAAAGGUUGCAUCAGCAAGCGGCCCAGAAGGAGCAACAGAACAGGGAGUUUAUCGAAAGGAGGAUGCAGGCUGUAGAGUCUCUAAAAUCGAACAUAGCAGCCAACCAAGAGAGUUUACGGGUUCGGCAAAAUAGAGCCAAAAAAGAAGCCCAGAAGAAAGAACAGCAGGAAAGACAACUACAAGUUGCCCUGGAGGCCCAAGGCAUCAACAGCAUCAGACAUAUGCACCAGAAGAAACAGCUAGAGGAGACGAAACGAAAACAACAGGAAUUUGAGGAGAGCCAGAAGUCUAAGCGAGCGGGGAUUGUUGCAAAAAUUCUCCAGGAGGAGCAGCUGCUAAAGAGCAGAAGAAGGAACCAGUCACAGCCCCCCAAACCCCCAACCAAUGACAAGUUCUCAUCUUUGAGGACAGGAAGAGACAUGCUCCUGUCUUAUUUGGAUCCUAACCCUCCAUCACUCUGUGAGGAGACAGCGACACCGCUUGUGAGAGAGUUCAGUGACGUCAGCAGGUCUUCCUCCACCUGCUCUGACAGUGAACACCCGGAGAAAACGGAGGAAAGCGUCCAAAAAUGCGCGGCCCUCGAGAACUCUGCUGACAGCCUCGCAGAGCCUGAAUUCACCGGGCUGUGGGAACAGGAAGACAAGAAGGCCUCCACCAAGGACAUGACAUCUGCAAAAGAAGACGUUGAGAAAGGCGAACCUGUCAAGGCGAGCAGGAAGUUAAAUGUGGCUUCUAAAAAGAUCCUUGGAAAGGAGUUGAAAAGGCCUCCAUUCACCAGUAAACCAGAAGUCGUCCUCUUUAAGGACUUUGAAGUUGGGAAGUGCUAUAAGAAGAAAAUCGUCCUGACAAACAUCAGCUACGGUGUCAGUCAGUGCAGGUUUGUCAGGGUCUCCGAUCAGCUGAUGGAUUUUAUCUCUGUCAGCUUUGAUCCUCCUGGUUCUUUGCCUACUGGGAUGUCAUGUGAAAUGCAGGCUUGUUUCCAGCCUCUGCUUAAUGAAGACUUGGAUGGAGAAUUUCAGUUUGCGACACCCCUGGGCCCCUUCUCUGUGCCGGUCAGGUGCGCCACAAAGAAAUGCAGCCCGGAGGUCGACUGCCAGUUCGUCGACUUCGGUUCACACGUGGUGGGCCAGACCGUUUCACGGACCAUCACCCUGAAAAACAAGGGAGCGCUGGCCGGCUUCUUCAGCCUGGACACCUCCGCACACGUCCGUCCAGAGAGCAGCCGUGUCCAGAUGACAUCCCGGGCCUCUGCCAACACAGGCCCGGAGACAUACAGUGAAAAGACAACUUCUAGCGAUCGGCAGAGUUCUGAUUCUUUGGAUUCGCAGGAGGUCCAGCCAAAGCAGGCCAAUCUUUCCGAGGAAGUACAGCAGAUGGAACCUGAAUCAUGUGCAGAAGCUGUCAGUGAGGCUCGCCUUUCCUCUGAUGUGGACGCACAGAUAAACCAGACCUUCUUGGACUCCUGUGAUAUAACACUUGGAGAUGUGAGAGAGGGAGAGCUUGGACCCUUUCAGUGCAUCAAGCUGGAGAUUUUCUUCACUCCAACCAUUCCAGGAGAGACCAGACGGGACUUCUACAUCCGAUUCUCUGACGCAAACACAAAACCAAUACCCAUCCAGGUCAGAGGUUUGGCUGUCAGCAUCCCUGUAUGGGUGGUACAGCCCAACGUUGACCUGAAGAUCUGCAUGUUUGACUGCCUUUAUCAACACAGCGUCCUCAUUCAGAGCAGAGCAAACACAGCUUUGAAAGUGACCUUUGAGGUGUGCCCGGAGAUGAGGAAACACAUGGAGAUUCUGCCGAAAAACGGCUUCAUCCAGGCUCAAUCAACCUUUAAUGCCCAGCUGAAAUUCCUGCCAAGACAAUCCCUGUCCAAAGAUGCGGAGAAUUUCUUUGACAGUGACACAGGAGUCCUGGAGGUUCCGAUGACAGUGCAAGUAGCAGGGCAGCCGAAGUUUUUCACCCGUCCCAAACACAGCUCAAAUCUCAUCGUGCCUCCAUCUCCUAUGUUCCAGAGAUGCGUAGUUCAGGUGACGUUCAGACCCGGACUUUUAGAGCACGAGAUCGAAGAAGAGGCCUUACGGCAGCUACGUCACACCCAGUUGAUCUGCAGGAAGGAGUCGGAGCAAAACGCACUCGCUGAACAGGAGAUGGAAAGAGCCAUCUCUGCUGAAGGCAACAAAGGGAAGAGGCCAUCUGGGAAUGCAAAGAACAGCAAGGUGUCUGAAGAGCCAAACACAGACAGUCUGACCAAAUCACCUGAUCCAGUCGAUGUAAUACCAGGGCCUGAGCUGUAUGAGGAGGCCAGGGCCUCUUUGCUGCGCUCCUUUACCCGGCGCUACAGAGAGUACACGGUUUCCUGCUUUGUGUCAGACGGAGACCCUACAGAGACAGACAGACAGGUCCAGCCGGCAUGGAGCCCCAUAAACACGCUCUACCUGAAGCUGGAAUGUCCUGCUGAACAGCCCCCUCUGCUGGUGACGUCCAACAAUGGCACUGACAUUUUAGACUUCCACCAGGUUCUCGUGGGACACAAAGUGAUUAAAAGGUUUACAGUUCAGAACAUUUCCAAGGACACUUUGGAUCUGAGGUCAUCAUUGCUGGACAUACAUGGUCCCUUUUCUCUGCUCAACGCUAUGAGAGGCCUAAGUCCUGGAGAAACACACACUCUGAUUCUAGCUUUCAGUCCGACCUCAGAAAAAAAGUGCUGUGAAACACUCGAGGUGCAAACCUGGAAAAUGGUUUUGGAAAUCACUCUUCGGGGGGAGGGGGUGCUUCCUGUUGUCACUUCAUCUCCCACUGGAGAUCUCCUCGACUUUGGCUACGUGCUGGAGAAGGACAGCGUCUCUCAACAGGUGCAGUUGGCGAACAGCUCGGUGGUGCCAGUGGUUUACAGAGUGUUGCUGGCCAGUCAGUCACUCAGCAGCCCUCAGCAUGGAGCCGACAGGAUAGCCUUGCUGCUGGAUGGCUACAGAGGCUCUCAGACGCACCCAGCCGUGGGAACCCAGAACCACAGUGGGCUAAGCGUCUUCAGUGCAACGCCAGUAGAGGGCAGCAUUGCUCCUGGUCAGACACAAGACAUCUCCAUCUCUUUUCAACCCGACCACCCGUCUCUCUGCUACUCUGACAAACUCACAAUAGAGCUUAUGAAUAAGAGUAAGGUCUGUGUGAUGAAUCUGAAGGGAGCAGCUUCUUCACAUAACAUGUAUCUGUGUGGAGGGGAUCCUUUAACAGUACCCAUUGAAUCUCUUCUCCCCUCCCUCAUCACCCCUCAUCCUCAGCUCACAGAGGCGGAGGAAAAGCCAAGCAUCCCGGUUCUGGUUACUUUGCGAGCCAGCUGCAGAGCAGGUGUCAUCGGGCCAGCUGUCAGGGAGCUGCAGGUGGGCUGCAUCCGCUCCCCACACACCAGCAAGAAGAGCGGUGAGUUUUAUUGGGAUAAUGUAGCAACUCUGCAGCAGCAGGGCUUUCAGCUGGAACCUGUUAAAGGCAGCGUGGAGGCAGGACACAGACGUCCUGUCUCCAUCACAUGGACACCACAAAGUGGACACAAGCCCUUUCAGGUGGUCCAGGCGUGUGCCCACCUCACUGUGAAGAGCGAUGAGAUCAGCAUUUACAAAGUGACCUUGGUGGGUUUUGUCUCCUCCGCUGCUGAGUGAACAACACAAGACAUGGAUGCUGAUCAGUUGGGAAGUCUGGAAAAAAACGUGUUCUAAAACUGUCCACUCAACCUUUAUUAACUCAGCUUUAUAGCACCUAAAAAAGAAUUGGAGUGACUUUAACUUUCAACCAGUUACUUUUUUUUUCUUGCUGUUUGUGUCUUUAUUCAUGAUUGCAAAAAUUUUACCUCAUUGGAGCAUUUAAAUAAACGAUGAUGCACAAAUGUAUCUACUUGUGAUUUUCAGAGAAAGAGAAGCACCAUUAGAAUUUGCUGGUUUGGUCACAAAACUGAUGUUCUAUUCAACCUGAACUUUUAAUAACUGAGCAAUGUUUUCAGAAAAGAGAACUUGGCGUACACUGUCAACAGUGCUGCUUUAGUUUGAAAGUCACCAACGUUAAAAAGCAGAAGCAAGUACAAUAUUAUAACGCGAUAAAGCCUUGUUCAUACAAUUUAAACAUCUGCAAAGGGAAACAAUCUGAGUGACGAGUGACUGGCUGGAAAUAUGUGAAUGAUUUCCCAGCAGAAUAAUAGUUGACAAAAUAAAAGAUUGACAGCAGACAGGCAAAGCAUCUGCACAAUUUGCUCAA